AUGAAUGUUCACGUAAGUUACACGGGUUGGAACCAUAAAAAUUGCCAUUUUUGGGUGGUCCAAAAAUCGAAUUUUUUUCAUUUUGAACACUAUAUGAAAUCUUCCCUUUAACCAAGUUCUCAAAUAAAUUCGUUCAGAAAAAACCAUCAAAAACAAAUGCCAUAGAGGAAUACGAGAAAUUGGAAAAUGUGGAUGUUGAAGAGAGACCUAUUGAAAUACGCACGCGCAAUUCUAAUGUAAUGAAUAGAUAUCCAGAAAUGGUCGAUGUAGGUUUUUUCAAAAUACAUUUUUCUCAAAAGUCAUUUUUUCAUUUCGAUUUAAUUUAACAAUUUUAUUCACCCCUAGUUGAGCGUGUAAAAAUGAUUUUUUUUUCAAUUCCUGAUUAUCUGGGUCACGUGAAAUCCUGAUAAAUAUAUAAUUAUCAAAAGUGCCUCUUUUCUUAUCUACGCGCGUGGUGUAGUCGGGGAGAGCUCUGUCUUCUAUUCAACCCGCAUAAUUUUGUGGGUUCGAGUCCCACUGCCCGCUGUUUUGUCCCUAGAUAUAUCUUGACAUAACUAUUGUCAUUCCGAAAAAAAAAGAACCCCCGUUUAAAUUGGCGCUCACGUACAGUAGACUAAAAAUGACGUGACACAUGCACAUCAAACUGGUUGGCAAAUAGCCAACGUGUAAAUUUCGCAUUUUAUUUUUCAAAUAGACUCCAAAAUUUUGCGAAGUCUACUGUAGUCUUGGUUUCCUAGGCCAUUUCGGUUCUCUUCCAACGGUCUUUUUUUUUCGGAACGACAAUACAAAAUCUAUACAUUUUGAAGCAAUAUUUGUUCUUGAAAUUCACUCCAAAAAAUAUAUAAACAUUUGGACCAACCGCUAAAAAUGAAUAUUUUUCAAUUUUUCAGUAUGCAUAUAUUCAACUGGAUAUCAAUGAUUCCCCAAUAGAGAAAAAGAAGAAGAAGAAAAAACAAAAAGAAGAAUGGGUAUAA